AAAAUGUUAUUUUUCUAUAAAGUAGAUAUAAAUGUAACUUUUAUGUAGCGUACGGAAACAGUCAAGGAAUAUUGAAAUAUAUAAAAAAAAUAUGUGUAUAGUAAGCCACAGAUAUCGUGUUUUGAAAGAGCGGUGAUUUUUUGAUUAACGCGCUCCUAAAAAUGUUCUCUUAAAUUGUUAUAAUUUGGCAACGCCGCGUGGUUAUAUUCCGCAAGCAGUAGCCAUAGCCAGCGCGUGUGUUUUUGUAUUUGCAUCGCGGUGCACCGUGGGCCGGGCGAAAGCCAAGAUGGCGGCAGCCGUGUUUGGCGAACGCGUUUCAACUGUAUGAUCGGUGUAGACCGCAUAAAUGGCACGAUCUAAGCGCACAGUAAGUUCUAACACUGUGAUUUCCUAGUUCGCACAAUUCACCGGCCAACUGAACGUCGCUGAGUGAUGUCCAUUUAACGAGACACGAAAUUCGAAAUAUUCUUUACGAGGAAAAAAGUGUCUCGUGUACCCUGUCACAAGUCAGCAUCUUCGAUUGCACACGGCGAAGAUAAUUAUUCACAAGGUGUUCGGUCAAGAUAUCCCAGUUAUCUUGACUCUUCGGUAACCGCCAAGAUUAUAAAAGGAUUUUUUGACAUGUCAACUAAAAGGGAUAAGGACGCAAUGAAUGAAGAUAGCAGCAGUGACGAGGAUGAAGAUCCCGAUAACAUGGGUGUACCUGGUGGUGGAAAAGAUCUUGCCACUGCUACUGGGAUUGCGAAUAUUAAAGAUGAAAAACCUGCAGAUGUCCCAUCUAAUGCUAUGGCUAAAGGACAAGGAGGUUUAAAUAUGUUAAAUCAGAAAUUUGGUAAUAAAAUUCCUGGUGGAUUGGUGACUAAGACAGCAGCACCAGGUUAUGAAAUGGUACGUGUAGGAGGAUCACAGGGUACACCGCCUGGUUUUGUUAAUACAAAUCAGUUAGGUCAAUUAGGUCAGUUAGCUGCUGCUGGUGGUCCAUAUUUUCCACCAGGACUAGCAACUCUUGCAGGUUUCAACCCUGCAGCUUUCUUUCCACCAAGCAUGGAUAUGAGCUUAAUGAGUGGUUUUAUGGGUUUGCCUGGAAUGAACAUGGGUGUUAAUCCCCUUGUUCAAUUGUUAAACCAAAAUGGUUUACAUCCAAAUUGGCCAGGUGGGCUGUCAGGCAAAGCUGUGUCUCAGUUAUGGAUGAAUGCUGGAGAUCCUGCAAAAAUGAAUAUGCAACCUACCAUACCAGAAGAAGAGGAGGUGGAUGAUGAAGAUAUGGGUGUUGCAGAAACAUAUGCCGACUAUAUGCCUACUAAACUUAAACUCGGACGAAAGCAUCCAGAUCCUGUUGUGGAAACUGCAUCGUUAUCUAGCGUCGAGCCAACGGACGUCUGGUACAAGCUUUCGAUACCGGAAGAAACGAUGCGAACUGGAGCUUUAUCUGCGCUGCAACUUGAAUCAAUAACGUAUGCAUCUCAGCAACAUGAACAUCUCUUACCAGAUGGUACACGCGCUGGUUUUCUUAUCGGCGAUGGUGCAGGAGUUGGCAAAGGACGAACUAUAGCCGGAAUUAUAUUCGAAAAUUACUUGAAAGGAAGGAAGCGUGCUAUUUGGGUGUCUGUCUCGAACGAUCUCAAAUAUGAUGCAGAGCGCGAUUUAAAUGAUAUUGGCGCAUCAAAAAUUGAGGUUCAUGCAUUAAAUAAAUUCAAGUAUGCAAAGAUCUCGUCAGCGGUAAAUGGUAACGUAAAGAAAGGAGUAAUAUUCAGUACAUAUUCAGCUUUAAUCGGAGAAUCUUCGCAAAGCGGUGGAAAAUACAAAAGUCGUUUGAAACAGCUUUUACAGUGGUGUGGUGAAGAUUUCGAUGGGUUGAUUAUAUUUGAUGAAUGUCAUCGGGCGAAGAAUUUAUGUCCUACAGGAAGUUCAAAACCUACUAAAACUGGUUUGACAGUCUUAGAGUUGCAAAACAAGCUUCCUAAAGCUAGAGUAGUGUAUGCCAGUGCCACAGGCGCUUCCGAGCCCCGUAAUAUGGCCUACAUGGUUCGAUUAGGUAUGUGGGGCGAAGGAACACCAUUCCCCGAAUUUAAUGAUUUUAUCACCGCCGUGGAAAAGCGCGGAGUCGGUGCAAUGGAGAUUGUAGCGAUGGACAUGAAGUUGCGAGGCAUGUACAUCGCCCGACAACUCAGUUUCCAUGGAGUAGCCUUUAAAAUAGAGGAAGUACCGUUAUCCAAAGAGUUUACCGAGGUCUAUGAUCAUUCAGUUCAACUUUGGGUUGAAGCUAUGCAGAGGUUUCAAGAAGCAGCAGAAUUGUUGGAUGCCGAGAAUCGUAUGAAGAAAACUAUGUGGGGACAGUUCUGGUCGUCACAUCAGCGUUUCUUCAAAUAUCUAUGUAUCGCUGCUAAAGUGAAACAUGCUGUGGCAGUUGCACGUGAAGCCGUGAAGUGUGGAAAAUGUGUAGUUAUCGGUCUACAAUCUACCGGUGAGGCACGCACGUUAGAACAAUUGGAACGCGACGAUGGUGAAUUAAGCGAUUUCGUUUCCACUGCAAAAGGAGUACUUCAAACGUUAGUCGAGAAACAUUUUCCAGCAUCAGACCGUAAUCACAUACACCGAGUUCUUGGUAUUGAACCAUCGAAAAUGCAGAGAUUAGACGAUCUCGAUGAUAUUGAUGGAGCUAGCGGUUCUGCGGGUGGAAGUAAAAGAAAACCAAUACGACAAGCAGCUCAACGAGCCUCGAAGAGAGUUCGUACAUUCCCAUCUGAUGACGAUUUUACUGAUGACGAGAGGAAUGGUGGGCAUAGCUCUGGUUCGGAAUAUAAACAGAGUGGCAGCGAGAGCGAAGACGAUCAUAGGACUGACGAAGAAAGUAAUAUCACUUCUGAUUCUUCUUUCAAUUACAGCGAAUCAGACUCUGAUUCAGGCGAUGGAAGGCGAAGGAAGAAAGGCGCUAAGAAACAAAAAAAACCAGUGAAGAAACGAACUGGACCCAUAGCUGCUGGAGCGACGCGCAAUCGUGCACCAUCGAGAGACGCCGUGGAACGUGCUUACACAAUGAAGAAGGAAUUACUAUCACAGGUCGAAGACUUAGGCGAACGACUACCACCAAAUACUUUGGAUCAACUAAUUGACGAGUUUGGUGGGCCGGAAAAUGUGGCCGAAAUGACUGGUAGGAAAGGGCGAGUUGUUCAGACAGAAGAUGGUACCAUUCAGUAUGAAUCCAGAUCUGAAGUGGAUGUUCCAUUGGAAACGCUUAAUCUAACUGAAAAACAAAGGUUUAUGGAUGGCGAGAAAACAGUGGCCAUUAUCUCAGAGGCAGCCAGCAGUGGUAUAUCAUUACAAAGUGAUAGGCGAGCAAGGAAUCAGAUGCGACGAGUACAUAUUACUCUCGAAUUACCAUGGAGCGCAGACAGAGCGAUACAGCAAUUCGGACGAACGCAUCGUUCUAAUCAAGUGAAUGCUCCGGAAUACAUAUUCCUUAUCUCGGAUUUGGCCGGUGAACGGCGAUUUGCAUCCAUCGUAGCGAAGCGUCUGGAAAGUCUUGGAGCUCUUACGCACGGUGACCGAAGAGCUACAGAAACCAGAGAUCUCUCGCAAUUCAAUAUUGAUAACAAAUACGGACGUGCAGCGCUUGAAGCGACAAUGAGAACUAUUAUGAAAUACGAGCCACCGCUUGUACCACCACCACAAGAUUAUCACGGAGAUUUUUUCAAAGAUGUGGCUGAUGCAUUAGUGGGUGUUGGUUUAAUUUGCAAUAGUGAGAGCACACCUGGUGUACUCACGUUGGACAAAGAUUAUAACAACAUGUCAAAAUUCUUAAAUCGUAUUCUCGGUAUGCCGGUUGACCUGCAGAAUCGGCUAUUUAAAUAUUUCACGGACACUCUAAACGCAAUUGUCACGCAAGCAAAAAAAACCGGUCGUUUCGACAUGGGUAUUCUCGAUCUUGGUACAUCUGGAGAAAAUGUAAAAAGGGUUAAGUUAUACCGUUUCUUACGGAAACACGCUACUGGGAAGGCACCAACCGAGCUUCACGUUGUUCACGUUGAACGCGGAAUGAAUUGGGCAGAGGCAAUGGACAAAUGUUCCGAAUUGACAGGAUCCAAAGAGGGCUUCUAUUUAAGCCACCAGAUCCGUAAUGGAAAGCAAACCGCCAUUCUUGCUGUUAUAGUAGAUACCGGAAAGAAAAAAUCUGAGAGUAAAAAAGAUCAGCUGUAUAUGGUUUAUAGACCCAAUACAGGAUUGCAAUUAAGACAAGAAACUCUGGGUGAAUUAGAGAAAAAAUAUAAGAAGGUAUCAUCAGAUGAAGCAGAACCACAUUGGUCACAACAAUAUGAAGCGUCUGUAGAUACAUGUUCACAUGCUUACUGGCGCGGCAAUUGUAAAAACGCGACUCUUGGUAUGGAUUGCGAGGUUGGACUCCGAAGACGUUCCUAUAACGUAUUAUCAGGUUCGGUGUUGAGCGUUUGGAGUCGAGUUGAAAGCAUUCUUGCAACACGUUCUGCUCAUAACUCUAAGAUGCAAGUAGUACGCUUACGAACUGAUGAAGGCUUGAAAAUAGUCGGUACUCUUAUUCCAAAGUCCUGUAUGGAAAUAUUGCGUCAAGAAUUAUCAUCAGAUGCUGAGAAUACCGAAGAACUUACAUUUUGAACAAUUCGUUAAUCCGCUUUUAUAGAACAGGACCAAAAGAAGCGAUUAAUGUGAAUAUAACGUGGACAAAUCCCUCUUCCUAAGUCUUGCGACAAAAUUCAGUAAAGAAGAGGGUGCACCUGCGAAUGCACGACAAAGAUGUGAAUUAAUUAAGUCAUUUAAUAAGGAUAUAUCAGGUAGAUACGAAAGCCUGAUUUGGUAAUGACAAGUGAAACAAACAUGUGGAACGAACAUUUACAACCUGCGAAUUGUAUGAGAUCCAAACUUAUCUUUUCGUUAGGCUUUGACGUCGCUAUGUUAAACGUUUUAAUGAAGUAUGUUUUGCUCGCCCGUUGUAUCUCCUCGAUUAUACAUGAAACAUUACUAAGUAGCUAGAAUAUUUUCUUUCUUUUUUUUGUAAUUUUAGUCAUAAAUUGCGCUCGCGUUUAAUUGGGCGUUAGUGGGAAUGAAUUUUUUUUUUAUUUUUCAUUUAUCUUCUUUUUACAUCGCUGAGUAAAAAAGAAUAUUAAAUCCAUAAUUUUGUAACGCGAUUAUAGUUACAUACGAAGUACAUUCGCCAUUUAUUUUAUAUGUCAAAGAAAAAUAUAAUUGUUUUGUAAAAGGCAUCGCUGCAUAUAGAACAACUUUAGUUUUGUUCUUUUCUCUCUCUCUCUCUUUCGAUCGCAUUACGCUGUAGAAGAAUUUUAAUCAAUACAAUAGUUUUAUGUUGCAUCUACCACAAAGAAUUAUAUCGAAUGUGGGGAGAAGCUAGAAUCUUAUGUGGAAACGUAAAAUUAAACCAUAGCGAUGCAUACGACUUAAGGAACCGUAUUUUACGCUAAUCAUAUCUUGAAGAACAAAUUUAAACAUUCAGUGAGAAUCGAUUAUGUAAAAUCUUAGUGAUAGGUAAAGAUUUACUUACUUGCAUAUAUACUGUGACUGAUUAAUGGAACGGAAGUAAGUAAAACCCGGAAGAAAAGAUAUAAAAUAUUAUUAGUACUAUAUCAGAAAAGAAGUGCAACAAGCAAUCGAUUCUCGUUGGAAUAUACACAGAUGUAUACGCAACUGUUCCAGUUCUUUUCUUUAAUCGUUAAAUUGAUCGGAUAGUUAAUUAAUGACCAUUGCUACUGCUACCAUUAAUAUUAUUACACUACUGCUACUAUUAUUAGUACUAGUAUCCCACUGCUACUAUUACUAUAGGGAAUAGAGGGACGAGGUAAUAAAUGAGAAUUUUUCAAUCUCGUAAAUUUUAUGUUAAAAAUAACAUUUAUUAUUUAUGAAGUAAGUGCCAAGGUAGUGUAAUCCUUGUUCGUUUUUAUAAAAAUUCGUCUUUCGUACUAUAUGUAGCAAAAUAUAGUUUUUUAUUUUUUAUUAUAUUAGACACAGUGAUAUAGCAAUAUCAGCUACAAUAAUAGAUGCAUAAUUUAAAAAGUUGCGUUUGGGAAACAAUGUAUAACCUCGUCUCCCAAUAAUUCUCCAUUUAUAAGUAGUCAACAUUAAAACAAAAGUUAGAUUCAAACGAUACGUACGGCAGUAUAUUUAUAUUCAAAAAUCAUAAAGUAGUCAUGCGAUUCGCAUGUAUAUUGAGUAGAUGUCUGUUGUUUAUUUGUACGCCUGGACGAGUUUUGAUAGCUAAGUAAGAUGGAUCUCACAAUCUAUCAUCUACGACAGAAAACAGUAAUAAAACAAGAAAAAUGGAAGAUCCAAUUAAAAAAAGAAUGGUAAAUAGGGUAUCUUGAAAAAAUCGAUAGAAUUAAUUUUAAGUAGAAUCUCCAUUAGAAAAAUAAAAAAAGCAAAAAAAAAAAGAAAAACUACAAGGAUAUGUGAAUUAGCGUUUACGUGUUUAGACGCUAUGAAGCGAGAAAUUGUCUUGUGAAUAUUUUCUUGUCUUCGUAACUAUUCUUACUACAAAGAAUCGUUUUAAUGUAAUCCAUGAGAAAAAAAUGACAUUACUACGUUUCUACGGAUACACUACAUAUUGCAUUUAUAAACAGGAAUAAAAAAAUGGAAAGAAGAAAAGAAAGAAUAUAAAAAAUACACAUUUAUAUAACGUAGAUAAGAAAAUACUCUUAUUACGUUGUAUCAUUUUCCAUGAUAUUAGUAGGAUACAAGAUAUCUAAUAAAUUAUUUAUUAAUGUACAUUAAAGAGAUAAUUCGUUCGUUGUGUUUAUUUUUCUCAACAUUUAUGUAAUUACUUUUACGUAAGGAAUAUUCAUUUCAUACAAAGCUGCAACAUUCGUAUUGAUAUAUUAUAUAUAUUCGUUCUUUUAUGAACGUGGAGAUUCUUAAUUAAAACUAUCGGAGACGAAACUAUCAGCUAACAAGCAAAAAAAGAAAAAUUGAAAGUGAUUUGUGAUUAUAAUAAAACAUUUUCAAAGUGUAAAUAUAUAUAUUAAAGGAUAUAAAGCAGUUUUAGGUCAUACGUGUACCUUAUAUUCGAUAUUUUUACAAUUCUUGCUUGAGUUCCUAUUACAAACAAGGUGUAAUUUAUAAAUGUGGUAUCUAGUAUACGUGGAAACCAGGCACUGCACUUGCCGAAAGUAACGUGAUUCCUUUCGUAACGUGCUGUGUUUUGUGAACUCGAAUGAGAGAUUCUAAUGAUGCUAUACAUAUAUACAUAUAUAUAUGUACGUGCGUGUGUAUAUAUACAUGUAUAAAUGUUUUCUGUGUAAGUAAAAUUAAUACUUAGUAAAAAAUGAAGAAAAAAUGUAAUGUUAACGAAAAUCGAUCUUUCGAAUGAUAAUGCCGAAACUACACACUUAUUAAUUACAAUAUUUGCAUUAAUGUUAUUUUCCUCCAUUGUUGUAUAAUUUCUUAAGUAGUAAUCAUCGUGCAUCUUUGUCUCUAUUGCUUUGAAACGUAUAUGUUGUACCGCGAGAAAGCAUCCGAGAAUACAUUGAUUCAUAGGCGUAUAAAAUACAAUGGAUUUCCAUAAGAAAGAAAUAUGUAAAUUGUUUCCUCUUGCAAGCACAGACUCAGUACUUGCAUCGAAUUAUACCAAUAGUAAAUAAAAGGUCUUAUAUAAA